AGCAACCUAACAACCAAAAGCAGACGCCUAAACACUACCUUCCAAUUCCCCCCAAAUAAACACUAAAUAACAAAUGUUUAGUUCAACUUCUCUCCAAUUCUAUCAAAAAAUUUCAUGGCUGCAAAAUUUCAGAAAUGGGUAGCUCUCUGCCUAUUCUCUCUCUUCAUUUCUUCAAUACCUCUCUCUUCUUCUCAAUGCAAUUCACCACAAAAUAUUCAGACCUUCUAUCCAUUUCCACCUCCUCCAACUCCACCAAGUCCGUCAGAACCACCAACGCUACCACCGCCACCGCCACCGCCACCGCCAUCGCCACCAUCGCCACCACCCCAACACAGAAAGUCAUUUUCAAAAGAGGUUGUCACUAAGGCAGUUGCUAUAACUACAGCGAGCACUUUGGUGCUAGCAUGGCUGUUCUUUUUACUCAUGAGAUACUCACGGCGUAGGAGAGAGAAUGGUGAAAAUACUAGUAGUAAUCCCUACAGGGAUGAUCGAGUGGUGCCUCGUGAUGAAUUCGUGCGAUUUGAUGGGAAUAUCAGCAGGGUGAUUGUUGAUGAGAAUGGUUUGGAUGCGAUUUAUUGGAAAAGAUUAGAAGAGGGUAACAUCAUCAAUAAUUUCGAUACAGAGGUUUUGAAUGACAGUUCAGAAGAUGAAAAAUGGAUGAUAAGUAGAUGUGAUAGGAGCGAGAAAUCUGAACCAACCAUAAAAGAAAUUUCUUUACUCCGAGGCAAGUCUUCAACUUCUCGCUCGGAUGGGAUUGUUCUCAAUGCUAUGGAGAAAGAAGACUCGCCAAUUCAACCACCACCACCACCUCCUCCUCUGCCAACACCUGUAUUGACUACACCAAAGACACAGAGUCUGGCACCACCACAACCUCCUCGUCCUCUGCCAACACCUUUAUUGGCUAUACCAAAGACACAAAGUCUGGCACCACCAUCACAUAGAGCACUAAGCUUGGCUUCAUCAUCAACAUCACCGCCGCCGCCGCCAAAAGUUUUGCCAAGCGACAACAAGCGAGGCGAGUCUUCCUCUAAAGAAGGCAUGAUAGGAGAUGGGAGUGAUCAGGUUAAACUUAGGCCCUUGCACCGGGAUAAGGUGAAUCCUAAUGUUGAUCAUUCAAUGGUGUUGCACAAAGUGGAUGGCGGUUCUUUCAGGUUUGACGGUGAUCUUAUGGAAGCCCUAUUUGGAACUGUUGCAACCAACCGAAAAUCCCCUCGAAUUAACAUCAACUCAUUGAGUCCAAGAAGUGAAAGAUCAAAUCCAACUUCUCAGAUUGUCGUCCUUGAUGCCCGGAAGUCCCAAAACAUAGCAAUUGUGCUCCGGUCCCUAGCCAUUUCGCGCAAAGAUAUCAUUGAUGCACUCUCGGAAGGGGAAGGUCUAAAUGCAGACACUCUCGAAAAGCUUACCACAAUAGCCCCCACUGACGAAGAAGAAUCCAAAAUUCUAGCAUUUGAUGGAGAACCUUCAAGGCUUGCCGACGCUGAAUCCUUCCUCUACCACCUCCUCAGAACUGUUCCAUCAGCUUUUGCUUGUUUCAACGCUAUGCUUUUCAGAUCAAAUUACGAUUCGGAGACUCUCUACAUCAAGGAAACUUUACAAACACUUGAAUCGGGUUGCAAGGAGCUCAGGACUCGCGGGCUCUUCUUGAAACUUCUAGAAACCAUCCUCAAGGCUGGCAAUCGCAUGAAUGCCGGAACUUCCCGAGGGCAUGCGCAAGCUUUCAACCUUACAUCUCUCCGAAAGCUCUCUGACGUUAAGAGCGCAGAUGGAAAAACCACAUUACUUCAUUUUGUCGUGGAAGAAGUGGUCCGAGCAGAGGGUAAACGUUGCAUUACCAAUAGAAAUCGCAGCUUGAGUCACACUAGCAGCCGGAGCAGCAACCAUAGCGGCCAAAAUUCUGACAGUUUGAUAUUAGAAGACGAUAGAGAGAGGGAAUAUUUAAUGUUUGGAUUACCAGUGCUAGGAGGCCUUAGUGACGAGUUUGGAAAUGUAAAGAAAGCGGCUACAAUAGACCACGACACCUUUGCUAAAACGUGCCCGGCUCUCACAGCCCGUGUUGCUGAAAUUCGCAAACUUUUGACAAGGUGCGGCAAUGCCGAAGGAGGAGGGUUUGUGAGGGAGAUGAAAAGUUUUCUUGACGCGGCAGAAGAAGAAAUAAUAGCAGUGAGUGAAGAGCAAACAAGAGUGAUGGAGCUUGUGAAGAGAACAACAGAGUACUACCAACCAGGGGCUUCUAAGGAUAAAAAGAAACACCCUUUUCAACUAUUUGUUAUAGUUAAAGAUUUCUUAGGCAUGGUUGAUCAGGUCUGCAUUGGUAUUGCUAAAAACCUGCAGAAGAGGAAAAAUUCAAUAACAAAUGUUGGAUCAUCAUCGCCGAAGUCCCCGACAAGGAAGAUUUCGGUAAGGUUCCCGAUAUUGCCGGCAAAUUUUUUGUCGGACGAGUCGAACAGCAAUUCAAGUGAAUCAGAUGAUGAUGACUUCUAAAUAGGUCUUAUUUCAACAGGGGGGUGUACACAGUGGAGAUAGAAUGUAGGGUACAUAAACAUAAUUUGAGUGAUUACAUUUAUUUUUGAUAAUAUGUUUGGCACAGCCAGAGAAAUUUUAAAUGUAGGGUACAUAAACAUAAUUUGAGUGAUUACAUUUAUUUUUGAUAAUAUGUUUGGCACAGUCAGAGAAAUUUUCUUUGAACUUUCAAAGAUCUAUCUAAUCAAGUUACUGAGAAAACUCAAGAAAGAUAUGAUGCGAAACGUGUGAUGGAGAUAUAAUUUCUUAUUUUAUAAUUGUCUUUAGUAUUUC